AGCUAACAAAAUACUUCAAAACGAACAAAUAUCUAAUUAAAACCCUCCCAGAAAAAGAAAAAAGAAAAAAUAAAAACCGAAAAGAAGGUUUGUAAUGUUGUGUUGUUGUAGGAAUUUUGAGGAAGAAGAGAUCUGAGAAGAAAAAGAAAUCAAUAUAUAUAUAUAUAUAUAUUUAUAUAUUUAUAUCUAUAUCUGCGGAGGAGGAGGGUAGUGUGAUAGUGGGUCAUGGAGAUGGAUACCAACGGAGCCGGCACGAGCUCCGCUGCUGCUGGUGGAGGUGGCGUUUCAACUUCAACCUCUGAUUCAUCUUCAGCGGCCAAAAGGAAUUCCAAAAAACCCAAAUAUUCUAGGUUCACGCAGCAAGAGCUUCCUGCUUGCAAGCCCAUUCUUACACCAGGAUUGGUCAUUACAACAUUUACCAUCAUUGGAAUCAUCUUCAUCCCAAUUGGACUUGUGUCAUUGUCUGCAUCGGAGCAUGUGGUGGAAAUUGUGGAUCGCUAUGAUGAAGGCUGUGUUCCUCCAAAUUAUUCCAAAAAUAAACUUGCAUACAUCCAAAGCAGUCUAACUAACAAGUCUUGCACCAGGACUUUGAAUGUUCCUAAGCUGAUGAAAAGUCCUGUUUUUAUCUAUUAUCAGCUUGAUAACUUCUACCAGAACCAUCGGCGUUAUGUUAAAAGUCGAAGUGAUAAACAGUUGCGGAGCAAGGCAUAUGAGCGUGAUACAAAAAGUUGUGACCCUGAAGGUUUUGUAUUAGAUGGUCCGAUAGUUCCUUGUGGCCUCAUUGCAUGGAGUUUGUUCAAUGACACAUAUGGAUUUUCUGUGAAAAGUAAGAUGUUAGAAGUCAACAAAAAGAACAUAGCAUGGGACAGUGACAAAGAACAUAAAUUUGGAUCCGAUGUUUAUCCAAAAAAUUUCCAGAGUGGAGGUUUGAUUGGAGGUGCAAAACUGAAUUCGAGCAUACCUUUAAGCGAACAAGAGGAUCUUAUCGUUUGGAUGCGUACAGCAGCACUACCAACUUUCAGAAAACUCUAUGGGAGGAUAGAGGAGGACCUCCAAGCCAAUGAGCAAAUUACUGUUGUAAUACAGAACAAUUAUAACACCUACAGUUUUGGGGGCAAGAAGAAGUUGGUGCUUUCAACCACAAGUUGGAUAGGUGGAAAAAAUGAUUUCCUUGGCAUAGCAUAUAUUACUGUAGGGGGGCUGUGCUUGUUUUUAGCAGUAAGCUUCAUACUUCUUUAUGUUAUCAAGCCAAGGCCUCUUGGUGAUCCCUCCUACUUGUCUUGGAACAGAAGUCCAUCGGGCCAUCCAAAUUAGGAUUGCUAUAAAUUGAACUUCACUUAUUCUGCUUCUUAUAAAUCCAUCUUCCGCUCUGAGUGCACUUGUUUUGGCCAAAGUUAGUAUUUAGAUUUCCGAAAAAUAUCAUCAAUUUGCAUUGACAAUGCAAUACCAAUUACAUCAAAAAAUCUUAUGGUAGACAUAGUUUAUAUGCUUUUGUCCAGUUUUUAUGAUAAUUCUGGCAUGAAGUUGCACAUUCAUUCCAUCUGAAGGAUGUGAUUUUUUGGUUUGGUUUACAGCCAUUUUCUCAAAAUAUCAAACUCGAAUGUUGUGUUUAAUUCAAGCUCAGGAUUCUCCUGCUAGCACGUAUUCCUUCUUCAUUUGGACCUGAAGGAUACAUUUAUACUGUCUAUAAUUGGAUUGUACCAAAUUGUAACAUACAUUUCUGUUGCUUUACGUAUCUAGUAAGUAGGAUCUAUCAUUGACUUAUUUUUUCCUAUUCUUGGAUGAAAGGUUAUCUUAACAUUCA